AUGUACGCAGAACUCAUCACUGCCGCUCUUGCGCUCACGCCUACCACUCUCAUUCCUCGUCAAACGAGAUUAAAUUGCCCUGCCACCAUCUCCUGCCCAGCCAACAAUGGCUGCUCGUCAACAGCAGCCAAUGGAGCUGCCUUCCAGCUGAAGUGCACGACCAACUUCAACGGCCCUGUCAUUGCGGUCAACCAGGCAGCGACCUUUGCUAAAUGCAUCACUGCAUGCUCAGUUACCUCCGGAUGCAAGGGCCUGAACUACAAGGGAGAAUUCUGCUACCUCCUCGGCAACACCAUCAACGUCGGUCCCACUGUCUCUGUCUCCAACGUCAACGCUGCAACCCAGACCCGCCCCGCCACCAUAGCCUCACCUACCGCUGGCUCAUCCAUCUGCACCACUGCCAUCACCUGCCCUGCGACCGACGGCUGCCAGUACACCUCGAACAGCAAGACAUUCUACACUCGCUGCGGCUUCGACUUUUACGGCGGUGACAUGGCGGAUGGUAACAGCAAGGUUGCGAAUAUGAAGCGGUGUGUUGAUAAGUGUGCGACUACAAAGGGCUGUGUAGGUGUGAGCUUCAGUACUUCGACCAAAACGUGUUACUUGAAGUCCGUUCUCCAGCCUGCCGUGUACAGCAGCAACACGAACGGUAUGUGA